AUGUCGUUCUCUUCGUCGUCCGUCCCGGCUACCACCGCCGCCGCCUCCGCUACUAUCGCUUCCUCCGCCGCCGCCCCCGCUUCGGCCGCCUCUGCGUCGCUUUUGCCCGCCGCCUCGGGCUCCAGCUUCUCCUCUGCCGGUACAGCCGCAGCCGCGGGUCAAAAUAUUCCAGCCACCAUCGUCAUCCCAGCCAACUAUCCCGCUUAUGUGGACCCGGCCCUUCUUAUUGUACAUCCAGCCCAUUGGGUCUUCGAGAACCUGGAACCCAUCGACCCCAAUACCGGUGCUUUCGUCUCUCCCGCACCGGCCCUCGUUCACGCCGCAGCCCCCGUCGCUGCUCCCUCCGUCACCGCUCACCCCGUCGCUGCGCCCCCCGUCGCCGCUCACCCCAUCCCCGCCGCUCUCGUCGCCGCACCCAUCGCGGCGCCUGUCCCACCAGCCAUUCCCGCCGGACCCGUCGUCGCUCCUCCCGCCCCCAUCGCCGCUCCUCCCGCCCCCGUCGCCGCUCCUCCCCUGUCCGACGAGCAGCAGCUCGGCCAGGCGCCCAGGAGCGCGGCCCAACACUCGCUCCCCUACCCGCCCGGCGUAGACCCGCGCUACUGGCAAAAGGUCUACAACCGGGCGGACUCGCUGGCCCGCGACCGCGCCGCCGCCCAGCAGGAUCGCCUGAGCCGCGCGACCUACCGUCGCGCGCUCGAGCUCCUGGUCAGCGACGUGGUGCGGUCGCUGGACCGGCGUGGCGGGCUGGCGAGGGCGACGCUGGCGAAGAGGGCGGCGUUGCGUGCGGCGAGUAUGAGCUGGCAACCGAACGAGCCGAUCAUCCAGUUCCUGCAGCAGCAUGGCAUCAUGCUCGCGAUGUCGACGUGGCCUAACGCUGGCAUGCUGCUAAACUCGUGGCGGCAUUCGGAUCCCACCUUUGGUUUCCACUGGCGGACCAACAUUAAUAUUUGA